CUCCCAAGAACAAUGGUGGCGCCAAGAAGACUUACACGUUCUGUGCCUCCUGUGGCAACCCGGCGUGGGACUGGCGCUUGCGCAAGCAGUAUGAAAAGUGCAAGGUCUGCGGCAACCAUGUGUCGGGUUUCGUGCAGAACCUUGGGAGCCGCACGACCACGUCUCAGCCGCCUCAGCACUCAUGGAUUGAUUGGACGCCUCCCUCUAAAGACUGGCCCGCGCUCGUGCCGCCCACAGCUGAGCCGUCCCAGUUGCUCGAACAGUAUAUCAGGGCGACGGGCCUCACUUCUGACUCCUCGGCCCUGGUUCUGGCCCAGCAGUUCGAGGAGGCGGUGGCCAAGGCGAAGCCCAAGCCGAAAACUAAGUGCCCGUACGUCGUCCUGCGCGAGGCCACCUCGCUUUGUGUUCAGAAGCAGGCCAAGCUGGCCAAGGCGUCCAAGGACCUCCUGGCCGCAGAGAUCUGGCUGGAGGAGGCCCGUGGGCGUCACUUCGCCGCCGCUGAGGAGCUGCUCGACGCCGACCAGGCACGCUUGGCGGCCCAGGAGGCGGCCCAGGGCAGCUCGGCGGGCGGUGCUGGCAAGUCAGAUGGGCGCGAUGGCUCCAUCUUUGGCGUGGACCCCUCCCUCUUCGAGAACCUGGACGAGUUCGAGGAGGAGGACCGCGCCAAGCUGGAGCACUUCCAGAAGCAGUUGCAUGAUAUUGCAACACAGGCGAAGUCGCGCGAGGCCGAGUUCAAGGAUCUCUUGGCGUCUGCCAAGAAAGCUCUCAGCACGCCUCGCAAGAAGCGUCGCGCAGGGGAAGGCGAGGCCAAGGCCGACGAGACUGAGGCCCGUCGGUUCCUCACGGAGAAGUCCUACGAGCAUUAUGUUCUGGCGCUGGUUGAGACGCGCCAAGGGGCGCAGGCUUUGCCGCGGCUGGAAGCAGACCUCGAUAAGCGCAUGCGGGCGGCUGCUCGCGCUGACGGGCGCCAGGGCCCGUGCAAAGGUCGCGCCCCUCUGACCCUGCAUCUGAAGACAGGGGACGUGGUCGUGAUCGUUGCUUACUUGCAGCCUGGUUUGGACUUUCGUGGCGUCAACAACGACAUCAUGGUGGCCCUGGCGUCGCCCACGCGGGCGCUUGCUGACGCGUGGCCGGCGGUGGCAGACUGGAACUGCGAGCCGCCCGCUUUGCAUGACAGUGGCUGGGUGCGCCGGCUGCAGGCUCUGGUCGAAGUCCCAGCCAGCUGCAAGGUCACUUGUGAUAAAGGCCUUGGGCGCCUGUAUGACUUUGCGUUGGCCGGCGCCACUUGCCCCGACUUGACCACCGACGCUGCGCAGAGCGUGCCUUGGAAGACGCAUUGCGGCCUUCACAUUUCGAUCGAAGGUGCUCGUGAGGCCCGCUGGGUUUCCAAGCUCAUGGCUCCGAUCCCCAUGCCCUCGGCGCCGCGGCCGCGUGCUCAACCCGAUCCUGGGGGCAAAAGGCAGCGACGCCUUGCAGCCAGCCUUCAGCGACGCAAGGAGGCGCGGUCAGAGGACCUGCGCGAGGGCUUCGAGACCUCCCAGGACCUCCUGGCACCCCGGGCCACGCCGGCUGAAAUGGAGGCGCGCGCCCUCUUCUCGGUUUCUGAAGAUGCAUGGCUGCAGGCCGGCGCGGCGGUCCUCGGCUGGGCCCCAGCGCUGACAGGCCAGUCGACUUCGGGCACGCGGCCCCUCACCUCGGGCGUCGGUGCGCCCCUCCCCGCGGGAGGCGUGGGCCCGACCGUCGGUGCGCCCCUCUUCGUGAGGCGUGGGCCCGACGGCCCUGAGGUGGCCACUCCUGCGGGCGACGGUGUGCCCCUCCCUUCGGGAGGCGUGGGCCCGUGCGUCGGCGAGUCCCUCUACGUGAAGCGCGGGCCCGACACCCGCCCUGCAGGUUUGGUGGCUGGCACCACGGUGCCCUCUGAUUUCCUUGGUGCGGCUUUGCAGCAAGCCACAGGGAGACCUCGCGCCACCUUGGAUGACGACGCUGAUUUCUUCGAGCAGCUCGAUUUCUCCCAGGAUCUUGGUGACAUUGAUGUUGGCGACCCGCCGUUGCAGGGCGAGGUGCUGGUUCGAGCGCUCGAUCAGGCCGCCCUGACUUGUCCAGUUCUCGCUGUCGAUGGCGCGGCUUUCCAUCGAG